CAGAUGAUGAACGGAGUUUACCCUUUUAAUCAUUCAUUUGAUUCCUUUCCUUUCCGCUCUCAUUUCCCCGUCUUCUCUUUCGUGGACUCGUCGGUAGCUUAGCAGUACUAGCAGUAGCUGUGUGUGAAAUCUGACAUCCAAAAAGGUAAAAGGGAAGAGUUUUUUUUUUGGGAGCGAAAUGCUCCUCUGGUUCCUCUAACUCCGCGAAUCCACAAUCUUUUUUUCCUACCUUCCCUAAAACCCUACGAUUCUCAGCCAUUUCCGCCAUUGAAGGGUGCUGCUGGUUCUCUCUCCUUCCCCCUUUUUUUUUUGCCCCUUAUUUUCGUUAUGGGUAAGAGGAGGCGAAGUGGUUCGACUCCCCAUCAUCAAAAUCCGCCGAUCGAUCCUUCUUCUUCUUCCCCUUCUCCCUCUGGUGAGAUGCCUUUCUCUUGUGGAAGAGGAUCACUAUCCCACGGGAGAAGUUCCCGGCUCGAUUCUGCUGAACUGAAUCCUCUUUCGCAAGGGGUGCAAGCUCAAGACAAUGCCACCAGACUGCUGAAUUUGCACUCGUCUCUCGCACAUCAGCACCACAACCUUGGUCGAUCAAUAUUUCUGAAACGAUCACGUCAUCAUUAUGGCCAUCAUUACUCUCGUAGGAACUCAGGAAGCCACGCUGGUUCAUCGUCGACUUCUCAUGGGAGGAAUCACCACCUUUUACACGAUGAGAGACGCCCCUUCAAGUUUGGCAGUCAACACGAAGCAGGUCUAGAGUUCAGGCAUCAGGGAGGGUUCAGCUCAUUAGUAACUGACGCUGUAUACUCCUCCUCAGACUCGAUAAAGGUGGUAUGCGGGAUCUGCCAGAAGCUGUUGAGGCGAAAGCCUUGCUCCCUCGGUGACUCGCCAUCAUCCUCCGGUGAAUUUGCUGUUGUUGCUGUUCUGGUUUGCGGCCAUAUGUAUCACGCAGAAUGUUUGGAGGGGAAGACGAGCCUCGAGCACACAUGUGACCCUCGAUGCCCACUGUGUUGCGUGUAG